AACAAGAGAUUAACGAGAUUUGGUCGGAGUUGAAUGUUGUGAACUUCUGGUCUUCCAUUUCCUGCUAGAAUUAGGCCAGUUGAAUUGUAGAUACAGCAUGGGUACAUGUACCGGCAACACGAUUAUUGUCAGUGUAACGUUGGUAUCAACAUUUUAACUUCAUAGAAUAGUCCAUUGAUUGUUUUGUAUCGAUUAGGCAUACGUACUUUACGUACUGACGACAGCUGUGAGUUCAGUGAUUGGAAGCUUAACCUGGUAGGACAGCGGGCUUUGCUAGCUCAUUGGUCCUGGCCUAGCCCUAGAAGAAUAGCAUGCUAUUAAUGAACAGAUGAGAAUAGCUAAUUUAUUAUUGAUCUAGGAAAUAUUUGUGAGAUGUCACCAAAGCAUUGUAUACACGUGGCAGGGUAAUUCGUUAGGCUGUCGUGUCAUUUUCUCAGUUAAUUUCAGGCGAGAAUAUCAACAGGUGAAACAGAACUGAUGGAAAUUUGUACAAAACCCUUCCUGAAUAUUUUAAACUGCUAGGUUGAAAGAGAACGGUUUCAUCUCUUAUGUUCUUCGCGUCCAGGCGUGUAUAAGAAACAUUUUUUGAUUUUGAGAAUCAUUAUUUUAUAUUUUCGUUAUGGAUGUAAAAAGCUGUGCAAUGCCUGUAUUCGGCAUCUUCAGUUUACUUUUUUUGAUGGCAGAGUGUCAAGUUCCUUUUCCAAAAGACAUGAGAAUGGAUGUGAAAUUUCCUCCACCAUUCAGGUCCAACAGUAGGUCUGGAACUGGUGUACCGGAUGGUCAUCUACGACCUUUAGGUUUCCAACGUAAGCCAGAAGGAAAGGUAAAGGAGGUGACUGAUGUACCUCAUCCUAAAGAUUUUUCCAGUCUCCAUGUCACAAAAAAAAAGCCAUUGGUACUCCGAGGUGCUGUCAAAGAUGCUUUGGCUUUUGAAAAAUGGAGUGACAAUUAUCUUGAGGAAAAUUUUGGGGACCUGAAACUUUUAAUUGAAGUAAAAAAAGAAAACCGAGCCAAAACUCAACGAAACAUUAUAUCAUUUAAAGAUUUUUUGAGGGGAUACAAGCGUGAGGAUUGGUAUGCUGUAACCGUCCUUCCAGAUGAGAUGAGACCUCAUGUCAAGGUGCCACAGUGUCUUUUGUGCGGCUCAUUCAAGAAGUUGAUACAAGAGAGCAACUUCUGGAUGAGCAGUGGAGGGACUUCAUCGGUGCUACAUUACGAUGCUGAUCAUAACAUUCAUUGCUUGCUAGACGGACGUAAAGAUUUCAUCUUCAUUCACCCAAAAUAUUCAAAGUUCCUGGAAAUGGCAGAUAAGUCACCUGAUGCCGGAUCUGGUUACUCAGUGAUUGAUGUUGAGAUGAUCAACAUGUUCAAGUAUAGCGGCUUUGCUAAGGUACCUUGGACCUGGACCACCAUUUGGCCAGGAGACUGUGUUUUUAUCCCUUCAGGCUAUUUUCAUCAAGUGCGGUCUUAUGGUCGCAGUAUGUCUUACGCCAUCUUAUUCACCACUGAACCAAAUUUUAAUGAUAGUGACUGUAGCGAUGAUUUUCCAUACACUUCACUUGAUCAAGUUCCUGUGUUUUGGACCUACAAGAAAGGUGACAAGGUAAUUCACAAAUUGAUUUCAUUAGUUCUGGGUUCUGGCCCGUUGCCACCUGUCAACAUUACAAUUGUUCAUAUGUUCAACAAUUGCAUGCUUUCCUUGCAGGCCUUCAAAAUUUUUGAUAAGCGGAACCGAGGCUUUAUCAAUCGCAAACAAAUUCUUGAUGCAGAUGUUGAGAUGUUUAAGGAUGUAGCACGUUUACUAGAUGAACCAAGUUAUGACAUCAAUAAAAAUCCUAUUCACGGCAGCCACGAUGAGCUAUGAACACUGUUUUUGUCAUUUAUUUAAGCUGGUUUUUUUUUUCUUAGAUAACCCUUUACAUAAGGAAACCAUCUAUGUGUUAGUUGAAUACUACUUGUUAAGUCUUAUUGUACUUCAAUUAACCUUCAUAAAGAAUGCUUUACUUAACAUUGUCAACUGAAUUUUAAUAUUAACUGUCAAAUGUAAGGUGUUUUUUUUUAGGUUUAUCGACAAUUCUGAAAGUGUAUACUAAUAUUUUUAACAAUAAUAAUAAUAAGUUUAUAUAUUUAUUGGGCAAGUAUCACAGUGUUUUUAUCAGAAUAUUUAUUGAGAAAUGGUCGCUAGGCUUUAUUAGCCUCCCCAAAGGAGCGAAGCUGUAGUCGUCGUCGUUGUCGAUGUUGUUGAGUCUCUUUUUGUGAGGAAAGCAAGUGAGCUUAAAUGAAAUCUAUGCUCGUUAGUGGCGCUGUUUAGCUGUUUUAAAUAUUAAAGUAAUAAAUUAUGAACUGGAACCCUUGUCAUCAUUAAGACUCAAUACAAUAUUUUUUUUUGUGGAUCAGAUGAUAUUUUUUGGUAUAUUUAUUAAAAAUAACAAAAUAUUUAUUGUGUUUACAUUCCAAAUCCGCCACAUUAUUAUAACAUUCUGUUCCUAGAUAAAUCACUCUCAUAAUUCUGUUUAAAAAAAUAAAUAUUGAAUAAUAUUAGCUGGUGGAUUAUUGGGAAUGCACAGAAAAUGGCUAAUAUACAUAGGCCUACUAAAAUAAACUGUUUUGUUCUGUUUGAAAUUAAAGAAAGCAAUAAUAUAAUAAAUAAAUAAGCAGCUUGUCUAUAUUUUUUUGUAUAUCUGUUUCUUUAUUAAUCACUUCACACUAAAAAUACAUUAGCAACAAAUGCUGAAUUAGGGUAUUUGAACAUUAUCGACACUUUACAUAUAAAGACAUAUUUGCUUAUUGUCGAUUGACUUGGAUACUAGUUGAACAUAAAAUUCUGUUAAUCUACUUGCAAAUUUGUCAUUAAUUCGUCAUCGUUAUCACUUGAAUUUAAUUGUAUUUCAAUAGGGUCUUGCUGAAUUUAAAAAAAACUAUUGACAUUGGUUUCAGUUAUUCGCUAGUAAUAAAUCUGUUUUUGCUAUAAUUACAUUUAUAUUACCGUACUUGAAAUUCACUGUUAAAUGCAUGAAAUGUUAUUGUUAAAUUAGAAUGUUCUUUUGUGUUACUAUGGCGUAGUUUUUAAAUUCAUGUUUUUAAUUGAUUUACUUAAAUUUUAUGUUUAAAUUGCUAUACAUUAAAUUUAAAUUAAUCAGUCUUGUCUUGUACCCUAACAAACUGAGGGAGCAACCUAAUGGCAAUUAAUUUUGCAUUUGUGCAACCCUUUCGGUGUUGGGGAUGUAUCUUAAGAUUUGUUCAUUGUUAUUUUAAAUUGGCCUUUUCACCAAUUCUACCUUUGCUAUUAUGUUCCACAUUUUUUUGAGUACUGUUAGAUUUAUAUUGUUGCCCAUGUGUAAAAUUUCUCAUUAAACAUUCCAAUUCGCAAUA